CACUGCUAUUACAAAUCUGACAUGUAACAGAAGUUUUUUCAUCCGAGAAAGAACCAUUUCAUCAAAAAAAGUAAAAAGAGAUUGUUCAGAUUUCACGACUCUAAAUUAUGCUGGGAAAAAAGUUGGUGACUGCACAGAAGCGGGGGGAGACAAGAGCCCUGUGCCUGGGACUGGGAAUGGUCGCGUGCUCCACAAUGAUGUACUUCUUCAUUGGGAUCACCAUUGUGCCAUUCUACACUAAAAGUGUCUGGACAACAGAAACUGUGUGCAAGGUACUCAAAGCCAACAUCAUGGACAAAGUUCUCUGCCCAAACAGUGAAGGCUCAGAGGAUGAGGAUAUCUUUCCUUAUCCCUGUCUACAGGUGUGGGUUAAUCUGACAGCCUCAGGACAAGAGGUUAUGCUGUAUCAGACUGAAGAUACACUGGAAAGAAAUCCUAAGUGCUCAUAUGUCCCAGGCAAGUCGGAGAACUCUAAAGAAGUUAAAGCACGAAUAGAAACAAUUGCAAGCAAUUUCAAAAAAUACCAGACUUUCCCAUGCUACUACGACCCAGGAGGAACGCAGACCAAUGUCAUUUUAAGCAGACUUUAUCCCCCGAAAGGCCUCCUCUUUGCUUUCCUUUGGCCUACACUCAUGUUUACUGGUGGAUGUCUGAUUAUUGUUCUGGUAAAAAUUAGUCAGUAUGUUUCCGUUCUUUCCGCUUGGCAGUAGAAAAUAAGUAUCUGUCUAGCUUAGAUUGUUGCAAGAUAUUAAAGGGCCUUUUUUCUGCCU